UAUUUAUUGAAUCCCUGCUGGAAUUCCAGAUUUUCCUUCGAUGCUUCGGAUAUUUAGAGUCAGUAGAAUCAAUAAUAUCCUCCCUUCCUUUGUGCUGACGGUUUUUCUGCAGUGAAAAAUCGCGGUAGAAUGUCAACUCAGGUAGAGACCAGUACAGCCCCCGUGGAAGAGGUCGAGGAGAGCAACAAGAGAUCACUAGAGGAAGUUGAGGAUUCGGGAUCGAAGAAGGCGAAGUUUGAGAGGAUAAAGAAGAAGAAUUUUGCUUUUAUGCUUGGUUACCUGGGGAAGGAUUAUUAUGGCAUGCAGAGGAACCCCAAGAUGAGGACUAUUGAGGAGGAUCUGAUAACAGCUAUGUUCAAGGCUAAAUUGAUCGAUGAGGAAGCUUACGAGACCAUUCAAUACACCAAUUUUCAGAGGGCUGCUAGGACAGAUAAAGGGGUGUCUGCCACGAGACAAAUUUGUUCUGCUAAACUUCCCGAUUCAGCGAAAAUUGAAGACAUAAAUCAAUAUCUCCCGAAAGAAAUUCGUGUGUUCGGGAUAAAACGUGUGACAAAGGGUUUCAACAGUAAAUCCCAGUGCAACGCGAGAACGUACACCUAUACACUUCCGACAUUUGCAUUUGCCCCCGAUGACCAGAGUCUGAGGGAUAGGGUUCCCCUCUCGGAGGAGGAAAUUCUCAAACGAGUGGAGGAGCUCAAGACAAUCGAUGGUAAAGCCUUCACGGAAUUCAGAAUGAGCCCAGAGUUAAGAGAGAAGGUGAAUUCAGUAUUAAAGUUGUACGAGGGCACCCAUAAUUUCCACAACUUCACUGCUCGAGUAAGACCUUUCGAUCCUCGAGCCAAUCGAUACAUGAUGAAGUGCCAAGUCCUGGACACUCACAUCUCCAAGGACAACAUUGAAUUCGCCACUCUCCAGGUGAAAGGCCAGAGUUUCAUGCUCCAUCAGAUAAGAAAAAUGGUGGCCCUGGUGAUCUCCAUCGUGCGAAACCUGGCGACGGAGGAUGCCAUCGAGGAGAGUUUUAAGCCAGAGAAAUGGGACAUUCCGAUAGCCCCUGGACUAGGAUUGGUUCUCAACCAUGUGCACUAUGAUAAUUACAAUAAGAGGUACGGGGCUGAUGGAAUUCACGAGCAGCUGGAGUGGAGUGACUGCGAGGAAGCCGUCCAGAAAUUCCACAAGGAGUUCAUCCUUCCGCAUAUUGAAGAAACAGAGAUGAAAGAGCAAUCAAUGCUGCUCUGGCUGGGGGAUCUAGCGAUGCACAAAUUAGGUCCACGAGAUGAAGACGAGGAGAAUAACAAGCAGAAACCAGAAGACGAGGAAGAAACUGAAAUCAACGAAUGAAACACAUUCAUUAAAAAAAUAUUGAGAAUUAUUUUAUAACUUCUGUGACAAAUAAACAAUGGAUCCGGGAUGAAUCUUUUA